GGAAGCAGUCGGCGGCGCCCGGAAGCGGCGGCGGGACGCGGGAGUCCUCGCGGGCUGCGGCUGCAGGAUGGUCGGCGGCGGCGGGAAGCGCAGGCCCGGCGGGGAGGGGCAGCAGGUUGAAAAGGCAGUUGAUGUGAAGAAGAGUAAAUCCUGUGAAGCUGAUAUCUCCAGGGACCUUCGAAAAGAGGUAGAAAAUCAUUAUAAGCUUACCCUGCCUGAAGAUUUUUACCACUUCUGGAAGUUCUGUGAAGAACUUGACCCUGAAAAGCCAGCUGAUUCACUUUCUGAAAGCCUUGGACUUCAGUUAGUGGGUCCUUAUGAUAUCCUGGCUGGAAAACAUAAAAUGAAGAAAAAACCAGCAAACCUGAAUUUUAACCUUCACUGGCGAUUUUACUAUGAUCCUCCUGAAUUCCAGACCAUUAUUAUUGGGAACAAAAAGCCCCAGUUCCACAUGGGGUAUUUCAGGGAUUCUCCUGAUGAGCUUCCUGUAUUUGUUGGUACAAAUGAAGCAAGUAAAAAUUGUGUAAUUCUUCAAAAUGGAGAUAAUGUGUUUGCUGCAGUCAAGUUAUUUUUGAUGAAAAAACUUAAAGAAGUAACAGAUAAAAAGAAAACUAAUCUCUUGAAAAAUAUAGAUGAAAAACUUACUGAAGCAGCGAGAGAACUGGGGUACUCACUGGAACAGAGAACCAUGAAGAUGAAGCAGAGAGAUAAGAAAGUCGUGACAAAGACCUUUCAUGGUGCAGGUUUGGUUGUCCCAGUAGAUAAAAAUGAUGUUGGGUACAGAGAGCUCCCUGAAACAGAUGCUGACCUCAAGAGAAUCUGCAAGACUAUUGCUGAGGCACCAAGUGAUGAGGAGAGACUGAAAGCUUUUGCUCCCAUUCAGGAAAUGAUGACUUUUGUGCAGUUUGCUAACGAUGAAUGUGAUUACGGCAUGGGGCUGGAGUUGGGAAUGGACCUCUUCUGUUAUGGCUCACACUACUUUCAUAAAGUUGCUGGCCAGCUUUUACCUCUUGCAUAUAAUCUGUUGAAAAGGAAUCUCUUUGCAGAAAUUAUUCAAGAUCAUCUGGCAAAUAGAAGUAAAGAGAACAUAGACCAACUUGCAGCCUGAGUGAGAACUGGCUUUCUUUGAUAUACAAUAUCUUAAAGCAUUAGUGUUGAACUUGUGAUUUUUGUUUUGUUUUUAAAGAAUACAAAAAAUAAAUUGGAAACAUUUACUAAAAACUUC